UAUCAAAGCUUGUAUGAAAUUCAAGGUCAUAUAAUGAUAUAGGAUUGGUAUAAAUAGUUUGGAACCAGAGAUGAAAAUCUCUUACAGCUUCAGAUCAUCGAGGAAGGAUGAAUGUAUGGAAAAUUGUUGGUGGGGUGUUUGGAGGAGCCGUUAUACUGGCCAUUGGCUUGCUUAUUGGCCACUUUGGCAUCUCCAAGAAAUCCCCGAAAUGGGUGGAUGAACUAUCUCAGGAUAUUGAUGAAAAAUUCAUCAAGGAGUUUAUCAAAGAAGUGGAUAACAAGGAGAUAGAAAAUAAUUUGAAGGUACUUUCAAAGAGACCUCACAUGGCCACAACUGACGGAGAUACAGCGUUAGUAAAAUGGAUUCUCCAGCGAUGGACGGACAAAGACUCUGGGCUAGAUGAAGCUAAGGAGGAGAUAUAUGAUGUCUAUUUAUCCUUUCCUGACAAAAAUAAUCCAAACAACAUUAAAGUGUUAACACCCACUGGUGCAAGUGUAUUUACAUCCCGCUUAACAGAAGAAAAUCUCAAUGAAAAUGAUCAAUCAGAUCCCGAAGUAACUAAACCUUAUGCUGCUUAUGCACCAAAGGGAAACCCUAAGGGGAAGCUGGUAUAUGCCAAUCAAGGUAAAAUGAGUGACUUUGAAUCUCUGAGUAAAAAGAUAAAUCUGACAGGAACUAUUGCCAUUGUACGCUACGGGGGAGCAGGCAGAUCCACUAAGGCAAUCAAUGCUCACCAUUUUGGGGUGGUUGGUCUAAUUGUAUAUACAGACCCCAAAGAUAUCAACGAUGGGAAUGCGGACCCCUCACAAACAUACCCACAUUCUUGGUAUAUGCCUCCUUCAGGGGUAGAAAGAGGCUCCUACACUGAAGAUUUUGGAGACCUGCUCACAUUUUUUUCUCCAGCAAAAAAUUAUACCUACAGAAUCAACGAGUCCGACAUCAAGGGAAUUCCACCAAUUCCUACUCAGCCAAUAGGUUUUGAAGAUGCUAAGACACUGAUAUGUCAGCUGGCAGGUGAUGAUGCACCAUCGGACUGGCAAGGGUCUCUCGGGUGCCAAUAUAAAUUAGGACCUGGUUUCCUGGCAGGCGGGAUCUACACUAACAACGAUGUCCAAGUCAAUGUUUACAACUAUGCAGAGGUCAGACCAUCCGCAAACGUGAUGGGCAUGAUAAGAGGGACUGUAGAACCAGACAGAUACAUAAUGUAUGGAAAUCACAGAGACAGCUGGGUACACGGAGCAAUAGAUCCGAGCAGUGGUACUGCCGUCAUGCUGGAAAUUACAAGAAUUCUUGGGACUAAGGUCAAACAAGGAAAAUGGCGUCCACGAAGAACUAUUAUUUUUGGUAGCUGGGGAGCUGAAGAGUUUGGUUUGAUUGGAUCAACUGAAUUUGCUGAGGAAUAUUACAGCAAACUGAGAGACAGAACAGCAGCGUAUAUCAACGUGGACAUUUCUGUAUUCGCCAAUGCUACAUUAAGGGCUCAGGGAACGCCACCAGUUCAAGGAGUUAUAUUUGAAGCAGCCAAACAGGUGCAGACCCCGGUACCCUCUCUCUCUGUGUAUGAUAACUGGAUUCGUCACUUCAACAGGAGCAGCACAGUUUACAAUAAACUCAUACCCCAGUUGGGUACACUUGGAGCGGGCAGUGAUUACGCACCUUUCCUGCAUUAUUUGGGCAUUAGCUGUAUGGAUCUUGCUUAUACCUAUGACAGGAGCAAAACAUCAGCAAGAAUAUAUCCCGCAUAUCACACAGCGUUUGACACCUUUGAUUAUACUGCCAAACAUAUCGACCCAGGAUUUACCAGUCACCAGGCAGUAGCCCGUACAGCUGGCAAUGUCCUCCUACGUCUUUCAGACAGUCUCGUCCUCCCAUUGGCACCAAUAGAUUACUGGGAAACUCUAGACUCAUACUAUAAUGCUGCAGAAUCAAAUAUGAAAGCUGAACUCAGUAACAGAAAAAUACCUCUGGAACCGUUGAAAACAGCUGUGGCUAGGUAUAAAGCUGCUUCAGAAGAUCUAAGAAGAACAAUUGAGAAUUUGAAAGACACACAGACUACGCCGCUAAAGAUUCGGAUGAUUAACGAUCAACUAAUGCUGGUAGAACGCGCGUUCAUUAAUCACUAUGCCUUCCAAGAUCUACCAUAUUUCAGUCAUGUUAUCUGGGCCCCACGCACUUCCUCCGUGCCUUCCUUCCCAGGCCUUGCAAACGCCUAUAGCAAAGCAGUCUCAACAGGUCUAUUAGAGGAUUGGAAUCAAGUCCAUCAUCAUUUGACCAUAGUUAUCACGGCUAUAGAUAAUGCUGCAUCAACCUUGGAAACUGCUGCAUCCAUUUAAAGAAAGACUGUAUUAAAUAAGAUCGUUUUAUAAAUCUCUUUUUCUCCAUUUACAUAACAAGUAACUAUACAGGCUGGACAUUUUUAAAUUAGAGGAGAUGGUGAUGCACCCAAACAAAAUGUCCAAAAACACAGAAAGUAAAAAAAAUUUAAGACAAGCUAAAUGCAGCCAUAACCAAUGCGAAUUAGCAUUUGUCAAAACAACGAAGGAUUGAACCAAACGAGGAAAGCUGCCUAAAGAACUUACCUUGGAUGCUUUGGAAAUCCAACCUGUAGCGGAGACACAUUUGUCCCAUUAUAAAAAGGGGUGUAUUUGCUCCUUGUAAUCCAUCAGUCUGUUCUUGUUUCCUGCCUGAAGUGUACUAAAUGUGUACAACUUUACCUACAGACCAAGACAUUUAUAGAGCAAUUUAUAAAUCGCAAAAGUGAGAGGCGACAUAAAUAGAUUUUAACUACUAUGCAGUUAAAAUCAAAGUUCAAAGUAAACCAGCAAAAUAUGGACCAGAUAGUACACUUCUCUCCUAAAGAGAAAUAAAACCAAGAGGUUGGAAAUGAAUGAACCACAUGGACGGUUGAGAUUUAUCUGCAAUUUCACCGUGACAUUUUCCACCCAUUUUCAUAACAGCUGUCGUUUUCCCCUCCUUUCUAGCACAAACGCUUACAUAGGUACCUCAUAUCUUUUCCCUUUGCACCAAAUCAUAUUUUUUACAUGUAUUUUAUUUCUUUAUCUUUGUGGAUAUAUCCAAAUCCCCUGUUGUAUAAACUAAUUUUGU